UAAGCCUCUUCUUAUCCUCUUUAUUAAUCAUCAUUUGGUUAAUCUUCCGUAUUAUCGUUUCAAAAUAUGCCUUUGGAAUUAUAUAACUUGUUCUUUAAUAUUUGACUUGAUUUUCUUUAUUUUCUGUAGAAAUUCUCCCAUACUUUCCACUCUCUUUAUUUCGCCAAAAGUUGUUUUUGACUGUGCAGCUAGUGCAAGUGGCCAAGUAGUUGCUUCCUGCUUCAUUUGUGUGUGUUUUCUAAUUUAGUAUGAUUUUUCUUUUUAAAGAAACAACUUUUUUACUGGUAGAAGAUAUGGGUCUGGAUCUAGGAUUUCAGGUUCAAGCAAUGAUGUUAUUCAUAAAUGUUAUUUUUUGAACUUAAUCUUUUAUGUUAUCAUUUUUCAGUGAAUUUUAAGGCUAGGGUUUGUUCAUGCUUUAAAAGUUUUAGCAUAUUUUAAGCCCUUUUGCUUUAAACUAUUAAAACCAAGACUUUGUUUUUUGGCUUAGAAAUUUUAAUAGUGUUUUAGUUUGGGCUAGGAUCUUGGUUAAGAAAUAUGGAAAAAAAACAUAAAGUAGUAAACUUUGGUUUAUGUUACAUGUUGUUUGAGUUUUAACAAUAGUAGUAGUUAAUGCAACCCUUGAUUUGUUUACCUUUCGUUUGUUUUCCUUUAAGCUUCUUAAUUUAGCAAAUUCAGCUGUUUUACCGUGGUUUUGAAAUCCAAUAAAAUAUUUUUGUUGCCUAUUUCUUUUAUAUUCAAAAAAUGGCAAUCUUGGAUGUUUGAUAAGUCUUUUAAACACUUCUUCUUAGUCUUUAAACUUGUUUAUAGCUUACUCCAAGCCUUUAUAAUGUGAUUAUAUAUAUGAAAAAGUUCCCCCUUUUCAAGCUUGUCUUGGAAGACGCCAGAAUCUGGGUUUUCAUUUUGAGAUUGACACGCAUUGUCAAUUGACAAUGAGAGAGAGCACGCUUGUUGCCAUUCAUGCAAGGGCAUGGAUGUAUACAAGUGUGCUCUCUGUCGUUGUCAUAUGAUUUGUUCAAAGCUGUCAUUUCUCGGUAUCUAUCUCUGUUGCUGCAAUAGCUAGCAGGUGAUUUAGGGCGCUGGGAUAUGAACCUCCGAGAAUCCUCCAAUUUGCAAAAGGAAAAAACAUAGAAAAAAUUGAACAUACCUGUACUGGUUACAUAGUUGUUUCUAACACUCGUUCCCCUAGCAUAGCUUGAAACUGCUACAUUCAAAGUCUGCUGUUGCUAAACUGUUUUGAUUUUCAGUUGGUUCAAACUCUUUAAUCACUGCCCUUAUCCGGCCAUAAUAGAGCCCUAACAAGGAGUUCUUCUGGGUGGAAUUUGAUAAUUUCCUAUUGCUGGGACUUACCUCUUUGUCAUCCUUUUUGGAGUAGGAAUGAUAGCGGUUAAUGUGUACCAGGGCUUAGCGAGUGACCGGUAUUGGACAGGGAUGCUCGAAGAAAAAUUAAGAGUCCCGAGUUACGUAGUUGCAAAUAGAGAACAAGUGUAUGGGUUUUGAGCAGUUAUGGUUUAUUUAGAUUUUUCAUCUACCAAUUUCUAACCAAUCCCACUUGGAAGAAACCAUCUGAUUUCAACCCUAACCCUAAUUUAUUACAGUCAUAGCAUAUAUAGUACCAAAAACAGCUUUUCCUAAACCUUGAUGUUAGUUUUGUCAUGGAUUGUUAAACCAGUACGAAAAAGAGUAUGCAUCAUUACAAGAGCAGGGCAGGGUUUUCUUUUCUUGCCCAAGGGCAAAGAACUGCCUGAUUUACAUUUUGUAGUGGACCCUAAUAUAAUAAUAUCAUUUUAGCCAAUUCUGACAGCUUCUGAGAAGUGACUGAUGGACUCCAUUUUAACCCUUUUGGUUGAUGCGUGGCCAGUGGCCAUGGUGACUUGAGACCUAUGUUUAUGCAUUGCCAUCUUCGCUGUGAAGUUUUUUAUUCAAGCAACCAUUAUCUCUUAUUCGAUCGCUAUUGUUAUUUAAUUACGUGGAAAUGGAAAAGAAUACGUUAAUAUGUACAGUCAGCAUUCCUUAUUAUUUAAUAGAAGAGUGAAUAGUUUGAUCAAUAUUUUUAAAGGUGGUGACUAAAUAAUUUUUUUUAUUGACAAAAACAGGAACAAUGUUAACGUGGUAGUUUAUCAUAUAUUUGAAAAGCGAAGGCAAAAAUUUAAGCAAAUAAUACACAUGAAUUUUUUUUAAUAAAGUAACAGUACACGAACUAAAUUGACUCUCCGUAAAACUUAAAUUAGCUGUAUAUGAAAAAAAAAAAAUGUUUAUUGGUCAAAUAGAGAGCUGAGUAAUAGGUAGAAGAUAGAGCAAGCUAUGCUAUAAAUAUCCCUUCUGCUUCUAAGCAUUUGAAGUUAGAAAACGGCAGCCAAUGAGUUACUGUACGUUAGCCGUUGUCGGGAACUUCACUUACCCGUCGACUUCAACUUCAAAUCCGAACCCAAAAGUCUCCAUCUCCAACUCGACCCAACGCAGAAAAGAAUUCAUUUCUCUCUUAAAGAAUUGCAAAGACGCCAACCAAAUCCUACCAAUACAUGCCAAAAUCAUUAGAACGGGCCAUGACCAAGAUCCUUUCAUCCUCUUCGAGCUUCUUCGUCUUAGCUCCACUUUAUCCUCCGUUAAUUAUGCCUCCACCAUCUUUCAACUGGUCCAUAACCCAAAUGUGUUCCUCUACACUGCUCUCAUUGAUGGGUUUGUUUCGGCUGGUUCCUACUCUGAUGGGAUUAGCCUUUAUUUUCAAAUGAUUAAUCGAUUUAUUGUGCCGGAUAAGUAUGUGAUCACCUCGGUUUUGAAAGCUUGCGGGUCUCGUUUUGCUUUGAGAGAAGGAAAAGAGGUUCAUUGCCAAGCUUCGAAACUUGGGUUAAGCUCGAAUAGAUCGAUAACCAUGAAGCUGAUGGAGUUUUAUGGGAAGUGUGGGGAAUUUGAUGAUGCAAGGAAAUUGUUUGAUAAAAUGACGGAAAGAGAUGUUGUUGCCUCAACGAUCAUGAUCAAUUGUUUUCUUGACCAUGUAUUGGUAGAGCAGGCUAUUGAGGUUUUUGAUCGGGUAAGGGUUAAGGAUACUGUUUGCUGGACCGCGAUGAUUGAUGGGUUGGUGAGGAAUGGGGAGAUGAACAUGGCUUUGGAGAUGUUUAGGGAAAUGCAAAAGGAGAAUAUGAGUCCUAAUGAAGUUACUAUUGUUUGUGUUUUGUCAGCGUGCUCGCAAUUGGGAGCGUUAGAGCUUGGAAGAUGGGUUCAUUCGUACAUUGGAAAACACCAUAGGAUUGAGCUUAAUCAUUUUGUUGGCGGUGCACUGAUCAGUAUGUAUUCGAGGUGUGGUGAUAUCGAUGAGGCUGAACGUAUUUUUGCAAUGAUGAAAGAGAGAAAUGUGAUUACGUACAAUUUAAUGAUUUCAGGGCUUGCUAUGCAUGGGAAGAGUAUUCAAGCAAUUGAGAUUUUUCGAGGAAUGAUUAAGCAGGGGCUUUUGCCAACUAGUGUUACUUUUGUUGCUAUUUUGAAUGCCUGUAGCCAUGGAGGUUUGGUGGAUUUGGGGUUUGAGAUGUUCCAUUCUAUGAGUAGAGAUUAUGGGAUUCCACCACAGAUAGAGCACUAUGGAUGUAUUGUUGACCUUCUUGGUCGUGUAGGUCAUCUAAAAGAAGCUUAUAAUUUCAUUCAGAAUAUGGAAAUAGCACCUGAUCAUGUCAUGUUGGGGUCCUUGCUGAGUGCUUGUAAGAUUCAUGGAAACUUUGAAUUAGGCGAACAAGUUGCGAGAAUUUUAAUGAAUCAUGGAGUGGUAGAUUCGGGUACUUACGUUCUGCUGGCAAAUAUCUAUGCUUCAUCAGGGAAAUGGAAAGAAGCAGCUCAAAUAAGGGCAAAGAUGAAGGAGGGUGGAAUCCAAAAAGAACCAGGUUGUAGCUCCAUUGAAGUGAACAAUGAGAUACACGAGUUUCUUCUGGGAGACCUAAGGCACCCUCAAAAGGAAAAAAUAUAUAACAAGUUAGAGGAGUUGAACCAAGUAUUAAAAGAAGCAGGACAUAUUCCAGCAACAGAUGCUGUUUUGCAUGAUAUUGAAGACUGGGAGAAAGAGCAGUCUUUAGCAAUACACAGCGAGAGGCUUGCUAUAUGCUAUGGUCUAAUUUCUACUAAACCAUGUACUACAAUAAGGGUUGUAAAAAACUUGAGGGUUUAUGAUGAUUGUCACUCAAUGAUCAAGCUCAUUGCUAAGAUUACUGGAAGGAAAAUUGUGGUAAGGGAUCGCAAAAGAUUCCACCAUUUUGAGAAUGGGAAUUGCUCUUGUGGAGAUUACUGGUGAUUAAGAAUGAAGAUCCAAGCAUGAAGAUUGAGUAAAGCUACGGUUCGGCCAGCAUUGCUUGUAACAUUUUCAUUGUUAUUCCUCUGUAGGAACUCUUUUGAACAGAGGAAGCUUAUGACAUAUACAAGUAAUCUGUAAAUAACAUGUCUUAUGUGGUGUUAGAUAGAAAGGUUAUAGAAAGUUCUGUUGGAAAAGGAUGGUUGCUGAGGUGAAGGUGGAAACCGGAGAAACGCUUGACUUCUAUGAUGGAAGACGGUUGAUGGAACAUAAAGUAUAUGGCAAUUUCAAACCUUAUAUUGAUAGAAUUCUAAUCCGAGGAGGUUGCCGUGAUUUACAACAAUGCAUUUGCCAAGCAUGUGGGAUUCAUUAAUCUAAUCGGUAAUUUCCAUCGUUGAGGUCUUGAUCUGUCAGUAAUCAGUCAUAGAUUGCUUUUGUAACAAAGAUGAAGUAGCUAGAAAGAAGACAAAAGGCUUGAAGGAAUGUCUUGCGGGAAGCAUCGUCAGGGUACAAUUCUGGCCCAGAAGCAGAUUAGUUAUAAAACCAUGUGAAGCUCACAACUCACUUUUAUUUUCAUCCAUGGAUGCAAUGAUAAAACCCUUCUACAAAGUUUCUUUUUUGUGUAUAACUAAACUAUGAAAUAUUCGUUCAUCAGUCUUAUUUAAAGUCACCAAGACAUCCUUCUGUGAGCUAA